CCACCUUUACUUGCACCAAAAGACCUUCUUUUUCUUUGUUGCUCAAGUUUUUGAAUCUUUGACUACCAGUUUUCUGGGAUACCCAUUUCCAGAUCCUUGGCAUUCAUCCCUGAACUACAGCUACAAACAAAAACUCUGAUCUGGGCAUUUAUCAUCGUAAAGGUGCUUGCUUGCCUUCCAGCUUUUACUUGUGAGAGAAGCAUGGUGGGGGCUUUAUCUGUGAUGGGUUCAUCUGUGGUGGACUCACACACAUGUCCAUGCUUGUGCUUGGAUGCUCUGCCUACAACUGCCAUGAAUCUCAAGAGUGGAGGAGAACAAAGGAACUCAAUGGCCAAGAAGCAUUUAGUGAAACCAGGAGGGUCUUUGGAGUUGAGCAGUUCAUUCAUUGAUUCAGGCCAUGACAGGUGGCUCUCCAUGAAAGCUCUUCCGGGUAUGAGGAGGAAACGAAAGAAUCGAAACUUCGUGAUUGUUAAUGAGCUUGCAGGCCAAUAUGAGGACAGCUUUGAGGAUGUUAAGACGCAAUUACUCAACUAUUUUACAUACAAGGCUGUGAGGACUGUCAUGAACCAGCUUUAUGAGAUGAACCCAACACAAUAUAGGUGGCUUUAUGACUUUGUUGUAUCAAACAAGCCUGGAGAUGGUAAGCGGUUCCUCCGCACGCUUGGGAAGGAGAGGCAUGAACUUGCUGAGAGAGUAAUGGUCACACGGCUUCACCUCUAUGGUAAAUGGGUCAAGAAAUGUAAUCAUGCUGAAAUAUAUCAAGAAAUCUCUAAUGAGAACUUGGAGUUGAUGCGUGAACGGCUUUUUGAGACUGUGAUAUGGCCCUCAGAUGACUCAAACACAGAGAAGAUUGGCUAACCGAUUGCAACUUCAUUGUGUUGUGGAGUUUUCCUUAUUCCUAGUCUAGGUAUUUCCCGUUAUAUACCACUUCAGUUCCUCAGGUUGAUUAGUAUUAUUUUCUACCAACUAAUAAGUUGCUCAAUAUUUAUUCUGUAAAUUGUAUAUAGAAGAUCCACCAUUUUAUA